UGGCUGUGGGCGUUUGAAGUUGUCUGGAAACGACGGCGCGGCAGCGCGGCGCGACAUGUCGCGAACACGAGUGAAGUUUUCGCAUUGUCGCGCCGCGACGCUGUUCAGCAUCGUCUUGCAACCGCGCGCGCGCGGGCAUACUCGAACGCGACGAAGUUGCCCGCUAGUCGAUCCCGAGUAAGAGGAAAGCGCGCGCGCGGAUAAAGGCGCGUUUGCAGAAUCGAACGUGCCGAAGUUGCGUGCCAGUCGAUCGGGCAAAAGGAAAGCGUGUGGAAGAAAUGUGAAACGCGCUCGCGCGCGCAGCGAAAACUCGGCUCGCGGUGAUCGUCAGCGAGAAAGGUGUGGCGCCGAUCCGCUCGUGUCUGGCCACUGCGAAACGACGAUGAGAGCUGCAAAAAGGACGCGCGAUCCGCAACUGUGCGCGGACGACGCGCAGGUCGACAGAUCGUUCUAUCUGCUCUUCGAGGAUAUAUCGUACAGCGUAAAGAAAGGCAUUUUGACAAAGGAGAGGAAAAGAUUAUUGAGGGACCUUAAUGGUGAUUUUCGGCCAGGCGAACUCACAGCUAUUAUGGGUCUUUCCGGCGCUGGAAAAUCUACACUGAUGGAUAUUCUUGCAGGUUUCACAACAACUUCGGUCACUGGCAGAAUCAUGAUAAAUGGACGGGAACGAAAUGUAUCAGAGUUUCGUAAACUGUCUGCCUACAUAAUGCAGGACGACAAUCUGUCACCACUUUUAACAGUGCAGGAAGCUAUGCUCAUCGCUGCCGAUCUCAAACUCGGAUUGAGCCAUCGUGAGAAAUCACAAAAAAUUGACGAAGUAAUAGUAGCGAUGGGCCUCGACGAGUCUCGUUAUACGAUUACUGGCGAACUUAGCGGAGGAGAAAGAAAAAGACUCGCUAUCGCACUUGAACUCAUCAACAAUCCACCAAUCAUGUUUCUUGAUGAACCUACGAGUGGUUUAGAUAGCACUUCUUCAAAGCAGUGCAUAGCAUUUUUGAAGCAAUUAGCGCAAGAAGGACGAACCAUAAUCUGCACGAUACAUCAGCCGAGCGCGAUCCUCUUUAACAUGCUGGAUCAUCUUUACGUGAUUGCUGACGGCAAUUGUGUUUACACGGGCGGCACGAAUAAUUUGGUGCCGUAUCUAAGUAGUGUAGGAUUACACUGUCCGACGCAUUACGAUCCUGUUGAUUUCUUGAUGGAGAUAUGCAACGGCGAUUACGGUCCUCAUACAUCCAAGAUGGUGGAAUCGAUCGAGAAUGGCAAAAGUGACAUAUGGAGAUCGACGAAAACCUUGGACGAAAAUUUGGACAAAAACUUGGACAAAAGCAAAGAAAAUAUUACCUCACAACGGGUUGCUGAAAGAUUAUGUUCUUUCGAGAUGGAAAUCAGACAAAUUCCACAUUACAGGGCCAAUUUUUGGAAGCAACUUGGUGUUCUUAGUAAAAGAAACGCAAUUAAAUUAUUUCGCGAUAAGGUCUUAAUGCUCUCACGGAUCUUAAUGCACUUCGCGAUUGGUUUAGUCGUUGGCACAUUAUACUUCAAAAUCGGUCAAGAUGCUGCUUAUAUUUUAGACAAUUUUAAUUUAUCAUAUUACAACAUUAUGUUUCUCAUGUAUAGUGCGUUUAGUGCUGCAAUGGUCACAAUUCCUUUGGAAUUACCGAUACUAAAACGUGAGCACUUCAAUCGUUGGUAUAAAGUACGAUCGUAUUAUCUAGCGGGUAAAUUGGCCGAUUUUCUGGUUCAAUUUAUUUCCACUUUCAUUUAUACCGUCACAGUGUAUUACAUGAGCGAUCAGCCUCAUGAAAGUAGAAGACUUGCUUUAUACACGCUCAUGUGCUUCGUUAUCAGCUUGGUUGGUCAAACGGCUGGACUCAUCAUAGGGUGUUCAUUAAAGGUCCAGAAUAGCGUAAUUUUUGGACCGUUUGCAAUUAUGCCGUUUGUUAUCCUCAGUGGCUUCUUCGUGCAUACUAAAGAUGUGCACCCUUAUUUACAUUGGCUGUUUGACAUAUCGUUUUGUAAAUAUGCUUUCGAAGGACUAUUGAUGACUAUUUAUGGCUAUGAUCGGGCAAAACUGAAGUGUUCAGCGGACUAUUGCCAUUUCACAACUCCUAAAAAAUUUCUCAUAGAAUUGGGCAUGGACCAUAUAAAUUAUUGGUUUAAUAUGACAAUACUGAUAUUAACAUGCAUUGCUCUGGAUAUUGUAGCAUAUACUGUAUUAAACCUAAGAAUCAAGAAACGCAUAUAAUGCAUCUUGAGAUAAAAAUUCGUACAGUUUUUACAAUCACACAUGUGGUAGGCGAAUAAAUAAAAUCUCAACGUCCA